AUGGCAAAAUCAAAGAAGCAAACUAAAGAAGAAAGGUUGACGAAGAAGCGCCUUGCAGAGAGAAAAAGAUACGAAAUGAUAAAAAAUAAUCCAGACUUAUGGAAAGAAAAGCAAGAAAAAAAUAGACAAGGUUACUUACGUAGAAAACAGGAAAAGAAACAAUUACCUAUAAACGAAAUGACUCCUAGACAGCAAAGGUUACAGAGACAGACAUGGUGGAAGAAGUAUCGUUCAUAUUAUUUAAAAAAGAAGCGUGAAAAAAGAACAAUAGCGCUGCUAGAAGAAAAUACCCCACCACAAAGUCCUAGCAUUUUGUCAGAUACCGAACCUGUUGUUUUAGAACACUUGGCUCGUAGCCUUCCAGCAAGCCCAUUCUUAAAUAAAAGCUCGGAGUGUAUGAUGUCAGGACCGUCUAUAACUUUGCGUAGCAUAUCUACACAGUGCAAUGAUUUUAAAACGAGUACACCAUCUAAUACUAAAUCUAUGUCUUCCUCAUCUGUUACUUCUGCCGUAAGACGUAUCCGUUACCAAAAAGAUAAAGUAAUAAAUUUUCUUAAGAAAAAGUUAAUAAGCCUAACGCAACAAAAUGAACGUUAUAGAAAACAACUUAAAAGAAUGGCUUUAAAACGAGUUCAAAAUCAAAUCAUUAAAAUAAAAUCCAUUGUACCAAAUAAAAAACAAAAUUGUAAUUUCGAACCUUUGCCUAAUCUUCUAAAACAAGAUGUCCGUAUAUUUUAUGAGGCCGACGAAAAUAGCAGUCUAUGCUCAGGAAAGAAGGAGUUUAUUGUAAGGAAAAAAAUACGAAAGCAAAAGCGGUACCUCAGCGACAAUCUUUUAAAUUUGCAUAAGAAAUUUUUGAAAUCUUCAAAUUUUACUAUCAGCUAUUCAACAUUCUGCAAGCUAAGACCAUUUUGGGUUAUGCUACCUGAUUCUCGAUCACGUGACACUUGCUUAUGCAAAUUACAUACUAAUAUGGAUUUAAUCAUCAAAGGAUUGUAUCAGAGGAAGAUAAUACCCGUUAUGACCUCCCAAAAUCUUCUUUCAAUGUUAUGUUGCGACAUGUUUAGCGUGGACUGCAUGCAUCGCAAUUGUUUAGCAUGCAAAAAUAAAGUAGUUUGCUAUCAGGAGUUUGAUAAUUCUAUUGAAAUGACAUAUUGGCAGUGGGACACGAAACAAGAUGUAACAAAAUGUAAGGGAAGGAAAAUUAGAAUUACUGAAAAAGUAAAGAAGACCGAAGAACCGAAAAAAUGUAUUGAAAAAUUUGAAUCAAUGUUGAAAGAGUAUUUAAUGCAUUGUGGUAAUAUAGUUUCUCAAUAUAAUGCUUUCAGAAACUUGAAAGAAAGUCUAAGCGAUGGUGAAUGUAUAAUUCACAUUGAUUACAGCGAAAAUUAUGCAGUCAAGAGUUAUCAAGAAAUUCAGUCCUAUCAUUUUGGUGGUAACCGUAAACAAUUAACAUUGCAUACUUCAGUAAUAUACUUUCUAGAUGCUGAAAAUAUACCUCAAAUACAAUCAUUUUGUACGGUGAGUGAAUGCCUGCGCCAUGAUAUAUCAGCCGUAUGGGCUCACAUAAUACCAAUCCUUGACUAUAUAAGUGAAAUAAGGGCAGGCAUUCACACUUUACAUUUCAUUUCUGAUUCACCAUCCAGUCAAUAUCGUAAUAAAAAAAUAUUUCAUAUGAUUUCUAGCUUACACAUAUACCUUAACUCUGUCGAUACCAUUACGGGGAAUUACAGCGAAUCUGGACAUGGAAAGGGUGCUCCAGAUGGCGUGGGUGCCGUGAUAAAGAGAACUGCCGAUCGUGCUGUGUCUCAGGGUCAUGACAUAAAGGAUCUGGAUGAUUUUUUAACUGUUAUGAAUCAAAAUUUAAAAAAGAUUAGAUUAAAAAUUAUUUCGGAAUAUGAUGUAUUUGAAAAAGACUUGCUGUUCCCACAAAAUAUAAAAGCCUUUCCCGGAUGCAUGAAAAUGCACCAGAUAGUUUGGAAAUUAAAUUUUCCUAUGAUGGCUGUUCGAAAACUUAGUUGUACGGAUAAGGCUUGUUUGUACGAAGUAAUCAGCUGCAAUCAUAAGAAACACCUUGGAUUUUAUCACUUAGAAGAGCUAUAUCAGGAAAGAAUAACAGUUACACCCUUGGCUGACUCGAAAAGGCAAUUAAGAGAAAUACCUAAAUCAUUUUGGUCAGUAAAUAAUGAAUCAAAUGGAAAUGAUGGCGUAACUGGGAUAGGAAAUCUUGUACAAACUAUCACUAAUAGAACUACAUGUAAAACAAACAAUAACCUUAAUACGCGAAGUGCUAACCAAAAUAAUAAAAGAAAAGUAGACAAACUAAAUGAAAGAAAAGAUCUCGAAAGAAGUGGAAGGACUGAUAGAGUAGAACAGAUUAUGCUAUUGGCAGGUUCUUCAAACAUCGAUAACAUUUUCAAGAGACGGCGA